GAGUGGAUAAAUAAAUAAUAAAUAAAUACAAUUUAAGCCUGAAAAUGCGGCGCCGCGUGGGACUGGGGGCUAUUCAACAGCAAAAACUAGCCGCCGAAAAGUACAAGGACAAAGGAACAGACCUGCAGGAAUCACAGCUGGAGCAAAUGACGAAGCAAAUGGACGUGUUGCGCAGCAAGCUGGAGGAAUUUGCAAUGAAACACAAGGAAGACAUACGGAAGAACUCGCAGUUUCGCAAGCAAUUCCAGGAAAUGUGCGCUGCCAUUGGAGUCGACCCGCUGGCCACGGGCAAGGGCUUCUGGAGCGUCCUGGGCAUGGGCGACUUCUACUACGAGUUGGGUGUUCAAGUGGUCGAGGUGUGCCUGGCGGCCAACCACAAGACGGGCGGUCUGAUGGAGCUAGACGAGCUGCGGCGGCGUCUGGUAGCGGCUCGUGGCCAGAGCGCAGUGCACCAGGAGAUCACCAAAGAGGACAUCCUAAUGGCAGCCAAAAAGCUGAGCAUAUUCGGAAAUGGUUUUGUUGUGCACAAGCUGGGCAAGGGCAAGUACAUCGUUCAGUCCAUUCCCGGGGAGCUGAGCAUGGAGGAAACGAACAUCUUAAAUGCGGCAUCCAACACCGAACAAGGCUGCGUCACACAAUCUCAGCUAAUGCAGGACUUGGGCUGGACGGACUACCGUGCUAGGCAAUCUCUGGACAAGGUCCUAGGCGAGGGCCUCUGCUGGAUAGACAGACAAGCGGAGGAGGAGCCUGUCUAUUGGUUCCCCAGCUUGUUUCCCGGUCGCAAUGCUCAGGCUACAGCCUGAAACCACUAGUAUUUAUGCAAUAACUUAUAAAAAAUAUAUUUAUAUAUUUGUACAACUUGUAAA